AUGACUGGGGACUUCCUUUGGGGCUGGGAGGACCACGGCUCAGAAGGUAGGAUCAAUGCUGCGCCAGGAGCCCAGGGCUUUCUAAAGGAAGGUGAACCCGGGGUCCUGAAACACUCUGUGGACGACUCCUAUGAGGAGCAGGGCCCAAGCCCUGGGUAUCUCAUGGAGCUGUCCAUCUUCUGCGUGGUCUACUUGGUGGUCUUCCCCUUCUUCUUCGUCAACAUGUUUGUGGCCUUGAUCAUCAUCACCUUCCAGCAGCAGGGGGACAAGGUGAUGUCUGAAUGCAGCCUGGAGAAGAACGAGAGGGCUUGCAUCGACUUC